CUGGGGUUCGUGGGAUUUGUAGCUGAGCGCCACCGUAAACUCAAGUCACACAGAGAUACCCUGGACAGCGCUCCUUCUGUCUCCGCUAACUGCGCUUACCACAUUGCACCAGCCAUAACAUUUGCAGAAGAAAACAACUACCGCAUCACCCAUUACUGGGGCAUUUACCCUCAAUUAAAUAUGGACCAACUAGAGGCCUUUGACAAACAGUUAAAUUCUUUCGUGGACUACCUAUUUGGGGAAAGAGACACCAGGGUGAGGGGAUGGCUCCUUUUGGAUUCCUGUCUACCCACACUGUCCUUCACCGCCCUCUACCUCCUUUUUGUUUACCUGGGACCAAUAUACAUGAAGAACAGGCCAGCAUAUUCCUUGAAAAAAGUCUUACUUGUAUACAACUUUGCUGUGACUAUGCUAUCCUUCUACAUGCUUAUUGAGCUGAUCUCGGCCUCUUGGGCGGGGGGUUACCGGUUACAGUGUCAGAAUCUCGACAGCGCAGGAGACGCCGACAUCAGGGUUGCCAAAGUACUAUGGUGGUACUACUUCUCCAAGCUCAUCGAGUUCCUGGACACAAUAUUCUUUGUUCUGAGGAAAAAGAACAAUCAGAUCUCCUUCCUUCACGUGUAUCACCAUGCCUCCAUGUUCAACAUCUGGUGGUGUGUGCUCAACUGGAUACCCUGUGGGCAGAGUUUCUUUGGACCAACCCUGAACAGUUUCAUCCAUGUAUUAAUGUACUCCUACUAUGGGCUGUCCACAAUUCCAUCCAUGCAUAAAUACCUGUGGUGGAAGAAAUAUCUCACACAGGCCCAGCUGGUCCAGUUUCUGCUGACCAUCACACAUACCCUCAGUGCUGUGGUCAGUCCCUGUGGGUUCCCCAUUGGCUGUCUCCUGUUCCAGUCCAGCUACAUGGCUACCCUGGUCAUCCUCUUUGUUAACUUUUACAUCCAGACAUACAGGAAACGGAAAUCAGUGGAUGGUGGAAAAUUACCAGUUGAUCUGGGAGAUAUCAGGAAGAGUCAUGCAAAUGGCUAUUCGACUUCUUUCAAUGGUUCAACGUCCAAACAAAAAAGCCAGUAGUUUUGGAAGAUGACUGAAAAAACAUAACAUUUUAGAAAGGUACUGGAAUCUAAAAACGCUCUGAAACAAUUCUAUAGCUCAAGCAGGGAUAAAUUACUGUAUGUUGAGUUUUGUAUAGGACACUUUGUUCUUAAUUUUUGUAUCAAGUGGUUAUUUGAUUUCCUUAAAGCUUGAUAAUGGAAUGGUGUUCUAUACUGUAUUCAUAGGGAUAUGGUAUUCAUUUGCUUUUUUAAGUACAGUACAUCUGAAAAGAAGGGUCUCAAGUUGUGAAAUUUCCAUUGUUUCCUGAACACUGUCUCAGAAGGAGAUUUGCCAUCAAGGUCUGACACAGAUCCUUACGAAAGGUUUAAAUCAGAUUGCAGUGCAAUGUUUUCACAAUGCUCUUUAUUUUCUAAUAUUUUUGUACUGUAUACCAUCAUGCUGUAUAAAGCCAUUGUAACAUUAUAUGAAAACAAUGAAUAGCCCUUUGUAUACAGUACACACACGAAAAUGAUCACUUCAACAGACUUAUUCAAAAUUAAACAAAAGAUGCCUUAGAAACACAGCAAAACCUUCUACCUGAUGUAUCAUAAUUUCAAUGUGUUUGAAUGUCUUAGUUCAACAGGUGCAAACAUGAGACAUGUAAUACGUUUAACAGAAGUAUUUUAGAAAGUCAUAUUUUAAAAAGGUUCU